CGGACGCCGGGCCGGGGCGCCGGGCGACUAGUCGCGCCAGACAGUCGCCUGCGUGGAGCGCUCGCGACGCUAGUCAGUCCCGGGAUUUAUUUAUUUAUACAAGCACUGGGAUACAGACCAGAGGCGGGAGGAUGAGAGAAUCCACCAGAGACAGAGAAGGGAACAGAACAGGCAGAAGGACCAAAAUACACUGCUGAGGGGAGCAGCAGGCGAGACAGGAGAGGGCAAGUAGCUUCAGUUUCAAUCUGGGAAGUCUUUAAAUGAAACUUGCUUAAAAUAUUUUAUCAUCAGAAGAGAAACCUGUGUCAGCAGUAAGGUGGAAAAGAAUGAUGUUGUCCUUAAAGAAUUUGCAGAAUGUCAUCCACAACCCGACAAUUCCUUAUGUUGGGACCAUUUCUGAGCAAUUGGAGCCUGGAAGUUUGAUUGUCAUACGUGGACAUGUUCCUAGUGAUUCGGACAGAUUCCAGGUGGAUUUACAGUAUGGCAGCAGUGUGAAGCCCCGAGCUGACGUGGCCUUUCAUUUCAAUCCGCGCUUCAAAAGGGCCAACUGCAUUGUUUGCAAUACUCUGAAAAAUGAAAAAUGGGGAUGGGAAGAGAUCACUUAUGACAUGCCUUUCACGAAAGAAAAAUCUUUUGAAAUCGUAAUUAUGGUACUGAAAGACAAAUUCCAGGUGGCUGUAAAUGGAAGACACAUGCUGCUCUACUCCUAUAGGAUCAGCCCAGAGAAAAUAGAUACUCUGGGCAUUUAUGGCAAAGUGAAUAUUCAUUCAGUUGGCUUUCGCUUCAGCUCGGAGUUAAGAAGUGGCCAAGCAUGUAAUCUGGAACUGAAAAACAUUAAUAGAGAAAAUGUACAAAAUGCUGGCAUGUCACAACUUCCUAGUAAUAGAGGAGAUAUUUCUAAAAUCGUACCCAGAACUGUCUACACCAAGAGCAAAGGUUCGACUGCCAAUCAUACUUUGACUUGCGCCAAAAUACUACCUUUCAACUGUUUGCCAAAGACCCUGCCAUUUGCGGCAAGGUUGAACACCUCAAUGGGCCCUGGACGAACUGUUGUCAUUAAAGGAGAAGUGAAUACAAAUGCAAAAGGUUUUAAUGUUGAUCUAGUAUCAGGAAAAUCAAAGGAUAUUGCUCUCCACUUGAACCCACGCCUGAAUAGUAAAGCAUUUGUAAGAAACUCUUUUCUUCAGGAGUCCUGGGGAGAAGAAGAGAAAAAUAUUACCUGUUUCCCAUUUAGUCCUGGGAUGUACUUUGAGAUGAUAAUUUAUUGUGAUGUUAGAGAAUUCAAGGUUGCAAUAAAUGGUGUACACAGCCUGGAGUACAAACACAGAUUUAAAGAGCUUAGCGAUAUUGACACGCUGGAAAUCAAUGGCGAUAUCCACUUACUGGAAGUAAGGAGCUGGUAGCUGUCAUGACUAUUACAAAAACUGAAAUACAAAAUGGCUUAUGUAACACUGGCCUUGUUAAAAUGCAUCUCAUUCUCAUUAUGUUGGUCAUGUAUAUUGUUAAAAUGAGCUUGUAUAACAUUAGGUACUACUGGGUGUUCAGUCCUUGCCAUGGUGUGUGGCUUUGUCCAGCAUACAAUGAAGAAAUGAGACAACAGCAACCUAUUGCCAUUAUUGUGGCCAUUCUGGUCUUCCCGCACCCUGGCCUCUUCUUUUUUAAACUUAACUACACAUUCAUCAAGUAUUUAUUACUUGCUUCCUAUAAUGCAGUAGCUAGCAUCGAGCAUUGAUUUUUCAGUUGGUGUAUAAAACCACCAGGUCUCCUGUUCUCUUGAGCUCAGAAUCUUCUUGAUUUGCCCCUGUGCCCCUGUUUUUCUACAGGCAUUACAUAAACUCACCAAGAACUUGAAAGAAUCACUUAACUAUUAAAUCACACUAAAUUAUAGAAGACACUAUUCUUUCUUAAGUGAUCACUUUCUUAACGAGUUUUUGAUGAUUUACGUCUGGCACUUUUGCAUAAUAACUAAAUCGGCUUUUAUGCAUUACCAAAUAAAUAACAUUAUGAAAUUUGAACACAGCACAAAGAUUAAUGCAAAAAAACCCAAAGAUGGUGUUGAAAUUAACUUGAUGUAAAUCUCAAGGCCACCGAUUUAUUUUAGCAUAUCUGCAUGUAGUGUGUCAAAGAUCUGUAUGUAUUCCUACAGAAAGUGUAAGGUAGAAGCAAGAUGAUUUCAAUUUGUAAAAUGUUUAUGGUUAGCAAAGCACCGUCACGAUUAGAUUUAAUGAAUGUUUAUAAAGUAGGCGCUAUCAGAAAGUAAAAUAGACUACUGAAGUAGAGGCAACACAAGAUCUGUUGCUUGUUGGCAUGUAAACCCACACUCUGCUCUUUUAAAGAUUAGUCCAUCAUCAUUAGCAACUGAGAUCAAAACAUUGUUCUUCUUUAAGUGAUUAAAAUCAAACCUGUAUCGGCAGGUUAAAACUGUUAAAUUUCUGUAAUUUUUUUCUAUUCUUUGAAGCAAGUUGGCAGAAGUUCUUCAUAGAGUACUUACAGGUCAGAUCUUGUUACAGGAAAUUUCAAAGGUUUAGAAGGGGAGGUAAAAAGCUAAUCACUCAGAUAAUUUUAUCUCAUUCAAUUGCUGGGCUGAAUUUUGCCAGGGUUUAGAAAUAUUUUCAUUAAAAAUUUUAGCUAGAUACUAUUUGUACCCAUAUAUUGAAAACAAUUAUUAUCAUUCUUUAUAAGCACUUAGUGUAGAAACUUUUAGUCUUUCUUUUUCCACCUUCUCCUGUUAAUUUAUUAUGCUGAGUCCUGCCAAGCUCCCGAAAUUUUGGGGGGUGGAGAGAGUUGAGAGAGCUGUAGAAGGCUCUAGAAAUGCCCCAGGGUGGUGGUGAUUUUCUUUCCAUAAAGAACAUCAGAGAGCAUGACUGAGAUGCUGGAGACCUUCGGCAACUUGGGAAAAAACAAAAAGUACUCACGUUGUUUCCUCUGAGUCUAAAAAGAAUUUUCAUUUUUGUUUUACUUGGAGAUAUUAAGAUAAGAUUAAUUCUUUGAUAGAAUAAAUUAUAAAAUCUUAAGAUAAUUUUUGUGGAUAGAUGCUAUUAGCAUUUAUUAAUGAAUCAGACUGAGAUGUUUCUUUAGAAGUAUCAUUCCUAGCAAGCUAUUUCUAAACUGCAAGUCAGCUUUUUUACUUUGUCACAAUGCUACACAAAAUUUCUAUAUUAAUUUAGAUGAAAGAUUCAGAAUCAGUUUGGACAGUCUACAGGAUAGUUCUUAGAAACCUUAAAUUUAAAAAAGACAAAUGAAAAAAAAUGCCUAAAAUAAAGGCAUGAUUUUAUUUGAGUUCCUACAUUCUACCUUUACCAUGACAUAGUAUAGAGAUUAGAGAAUGUCAAAGCACUUUUAAAGACAUAUACUGAUAUUUAUUUGAGUAAUUUUUGGUUAACACCAAUGGAAAUGUGGUCAUUUCUAAUCCUGGAGGAGUUCUUUCAUGUUACCUAGUGUUUCUGAAUCCCUUCUAUUUGUGGGUUGUUUUAUAAACAGCCUGUUGCCUCUACUAAUCACCCCUUCUCCCCCCAAAAAAGAUAAAAGAGACAACCAUCCUCUUGAGUGAAAAAUGCGUUCCAUCCAUCCAUGAGCGCACACACAAUUGAAAGCUGAGUGUCAUCUACCCGAAAUGAAAAGUAAAAAUUCAAAUGACUUUAUGGUUCAAAGCAUUCUUGCUGAAUAACUGUCAUUUUCUUAAGUAGAGAGGUAGGUUGAGUGAAAUCUCUGACAUGGAUACCAUGUACACAGAAUUCUUUACAGAAGAACUAAAGUUAAAAUCGAAAUGAGGAGUUGCUAGAUUUGGGUGCUGAAAGUAAAACAUGUCUGUACACUAACAUCAGUUAGAAAGCACGAUAGUAAAUGUUUAAGCAAACACAUCAGUCUGUGUAAAAACUCCAUGUAUCAUUUACUUUUUGCACUUCUAUACAACUGGCAGGAGAGGCUUAUGUAGGAGCACAAAACAGGUGGGAAUUUUCUAAAGAAGUAUUUAAAUAUCUGUGAGCAGUCCAAGUAGAUGUUAAGGUACCAAAAGUAAUAUGGUACCAAACACCAAAAAAUGUGAAAAAUAAAUGUGAACUCUGAACAGAGUAUGAAAUAUCAAAACAAAAUCUUAGAAGUAGCUCUGGAGUGGCUCUCCCAGGAUAGUUUCCAGUUGCUGAAUUGUCUUUUGGCACUGAUGUUCUACUUCUUCACAUUCAUCUAAAAGAAAAUCCAAAAUUAAAAUGAGUCAGUCUUCCUGCCUCUGUUCUCAUUAGUCUAAUCCAUGUCUUUCAUUCUCUGGCAGUUAUUCAAUCAAAUGAACAAAAUAGAACACUUCUUCCAUAUUCUUCCUUUCUGCCUUCAUUUCCCUCCCUCUUACUGGCUGAGUUUUUGAAGCUGAGUUAGAUGGAACCCCAAAACAGCAGCACCCAAAUGAAAAUUACAACUUUGUAACAAUGCCACUCCUUUCAGCAGCUCACAGAAUCCCCACUCCAGGACAUAAGAAACAAAGCAGAGCAUACUAUUUUAGAUAAGCAAUGCAUUACUAAUAUGAAAACAUUAACUUGCUUCCAUCACCCUUGCUUAAUAUGAACAUGUCCCAUUACUUCUGGGGCUGUGUAGUGCCACAGAACUUACCAUGACAUGCAUCUAGACACUGUACAAAUCCAGACCUAACCCUAUUUCCAUCUGGCACACCAUCUAUUACCUUAUAAUAUUUACUCCUUUUAAGUUUCUAGUUUCUUCCAUUUUAAAACAGGGAUGAGGCAUACCCCUGUGGUGGGAAUGAGAGAGCAUUCAGGCAGGACACCCCACACAGAGUGCCGAAUGAAUGCUGGUCUUUACCAACAGGUAGCUCUCCUGUUGCAUCCUUCGUGGCACUAGACUUCGAUUAAAAUUAACCCUUCAUCUCAGAACCAAAAUAUUCAAUCAUAUAUGAGGUAAAUGGAAAAUAGUAUUAUAGUCUGUUUUGUACCAUCACAAUAACCUCACAAGCAUAAAGAUAAUAAAAUUACACCAUAAUCAAGUUCUCAGGUGAUCCUUGGGUGGUCACCUCUGAACACACCACCUCCAUCUUACACAAAAUAGGAACUCAGCUUCCCAUAUUUGACAUCUGAGGUUGGCAGCAGUGCACAGGACUGGUG